GUUUCAGACUCGGGAAUGACUCGGAAAUGUUCGGCUUCGAUGGCAUAUGCAUCCCAGAAUGCCGUGUUAGCACGUGGCGUCACAUGCAAGCUUCCUUUUCGCUUUGGGAAAGAAGAGAAAAUGGCUGCAAACAGUAAUUAUUACGGCUAUUCAGCCGGCGUUCAGGGCGCUCAAGUGUACGGCAAUACCAUGCAAAGCCCUCAGAUGACUCAAUCGGCUUACAGCGGGCAAACUGCGGCCGCUUAUGGCGCCCAAUCGACAACGCCAAGCGCCAAUGCUUACGGCACUGCAUCGCCUCGAAGUGUCAUGCCGGGCCAAAGUGCCUAUACACCAACAGCCGCUUCUAGCUAUCAAGCGACCGGUUUAUCGGGCAGUUCUUACGGAUACACAGCAAGGGUGCAAGAUUCUACCACUCAAAGUUAUCAAACAAAUGCGGCAAGUGCCUAUACGAGUCCAAGCUCGUACUACGGCCGUGAUAAUUCGCAGGUUUCGACCGCAUACGAUGCUUCGAAAACGGGCAGCUACUACAACCAGCAUGCUGGGACGACUCAAGCCUACGGCUACGGUUCCCCUGCUACAAAAUCGAUGUAUUCUGGCUAUUCGGCGCCGUCUAAUACGAGCAACCAAAUGUCGACUCCCACCGCUCCAAAACCGAGCACCUCGGUGACUGCUAAUGUCUCCUACCCUUACAAAGGGCAAGCUGGCACAAAUUAUAACCAAAACACAAGCUCCUACACUUCCCCAUCAAAUUGGUCCGGCUCAGCCGGUGGCUACCAGCAAACACAAGGCUACGAUGCUGCCGUUUAUAAUGCUGCUUCGUCUUACUUUCAACAGCAAGCACAGCCGAGGCAGAAAUGGGGAAACAACAAGAACAACAGCAACAAUAAUCAGAACAAUAAAUCGGGUCCUCCCAGGCAAAGAAAUCCACCGAGACAGCAGCAGGUUCAUUACUGUGAUGUUUGCAAGAUCAGCUGUGCUGGACCUCAGGUAUUGAAAUUAUGGUAAAAUUUAAUCGUGUAGAGAAGUAGUUACUUCUUUUUGGACAGUCUUGGCCAUUUUGUAAUUGGUCCCUGUGCAGGUCUUGAGUCUAUUUAAAACGUCAUGUUAAAAAAACUGCCAUUUUGGGUGGCAAAAAUAAUUUUGAGAAGAGAGAAUUGACCGUUUGUGCCACAAUCGGUGGUGAAGUGGUUAGCUCACUUCCCUUUCAACUCUAAGAUUGCUGGUUCAAGUCUCGGUGCAAUCUUGUACCCAGAGCAAUACCUGUGCGUGGGCUAGGAUGGCAUUGGCUCUGGGGAAAUUGAAUUUUUCCUGUGCUGUGAUUGGUCUAAUGUUUAUCAAUCGUGCAUGCUGACAAAGAAUCGGAACCCCUAAAUUUGGGGGUUCCGGUUGUCAAUUUCCCCAGAGCCAAUGCCUUCCUAGCCCGCCCACAGACAUUGCUCUGGGUACGAGAUUGGUCUCGGUGAGAACUUUCUCGACGCGACUCCAACCCAGUCCUCAUGUGAAAAGAGUAAAAGUCAACGCUCUGCCGAAAGUCGUGGGUUUUCUCUGGGUACUCCGGUUUCCUCCCACAGGGAAAGUUGACAGGGUGGGUUAGGUAAAAGUGCCCUCAGUAAUUGGCAUAUGCUGUUGUGUUGACCCUGCCCUACUUGGCAAAGCUAAAUAAAAGUUUAAAAAAAUAAAAAAUUAGCGAUUAUUCAUGUAACGAACUACCCCAUUUUAAUACCGAUUUUAUGAUGACGUCAUUAUGUCAGACAACCGAAUAAAGGUGACAUCAUUAAUUUCAUUUGUUAUGAUAAUUUCCAACUUAACAUAUUACUGCAACCAAAGUUUGUUAAAACAUUAAUUAACGGCACGAUUCGCGAAUUAUUUCGUUGUGGUCGUUUUUUCCUCACCUAGCAUGCUACUGUUUGUGUGAGAGGUUAAACAUUUGCAACCUGUUGUUCAAAAGGUGGUUAGCUUAACCCUAGGUUAACCUACAAUUCAAAGCAAACUUCUCAACAGCUUGUUUGUAAACUUGGAAAUAUUUUUUCAGAAAUUUGGUGUGGACCGAUGAGGGUUUUCUUUUCUGAAGUUUUGAAACAAACAGAUAUGCAGAAAUAAAAAACCAAAGGCCAAAACUUUUUAAUUGUGCCUCAAGCUGAGCCCUCGAGGAAGUAGUUGGUUUUUUGCCUUUUGUCCAUUUGCGACCGCGAGAAAUAGCUCAGUGAAUGUAAAUAAGUAGCUGUCAAGCUACGAUGAGCAACACUAGAAUUGUAAAUUUUAGACCCUGUUGUAUAGAAUGAGGCGGUUAAUUGAUAAAAUGAAAAAAUCAAUGUUUUUUGAAAACAAUGUUUAUUUCAAAAAAUCAAUGUUUAUUUCAAUGAAAUCGGUUUUCAAAUGAUACUUUUGUAAAUCGUAUUGUGAAUAUUAUCUUAUAUCAUGCAUACUGUAUUUCUUUCUUUUAUAAUCAGGUUGUUUAUAAUUAAUUAAUACAAUUGGUUUUGAAUGUGAGUUAGGUAGAGCUGUGCAAACUCCCGUUAUUUUAGCUCCGGCAGUCAAAACUCCGGCUCUGGAAAGGAACUUUUAAGGAAAUUUCAUUUUAAAAGUAGAAGCAGGCAAAAGUAUUUUGGUGUAAUUUCAGAAUUUUUUAUAUUCCUUUUUGAGCUUUCUCCUUUACUUAUCAAAUAUAUGUGCUGUGGUGCUUGUUUAAUUAAAAAAUGGUUUGUAGAAAGUAAAACUGCAUGGCAGCGUGGUAGUUUUGCCCAAAAUACAUUGGGGCAAGUAAUUAAACUUUAUAGUAACUUCGAAUCAUUCAACUUAAUUUUUUCAUUACCAAAAGUUCAUUGAAGUUUUUCAAAUUUUGAAGUUCAUUGAAAUAAUUUUUCAUAAUUUUGUCUGCCGCAGGUUUCCGGUUCUGGCAAAAUAUGCAGGAGCUCUGGCGCACAGCUCUAUGAGUAGGGUCAUGCAUGUAACUGUACUUCCAAACAUGUUUAAAAAAACUGGUUCACUCAUUUUUUCGGACAGGUUUUGUUUUUUAUAAAAACUGCUUCACCCUACUGCGCUGUAUAACUUGAUUUCUUUAUUGUAGACUUACAAGGAGCAUCUUGAAGGACAGAAACACAAGAAGAAAGAGGCAGCACAGAAGCAAAUGGAGGCUGCUGGAGCUGAUGGUUAUAGGUGUAGUCUAUGCGAUGUGACAUGCACGGGAACGGAUGCUUUUAAUGCUCAUCUUAAAGGUGCUAAGCACUUGAAGGUUGGUUACAAAAUUUUUUUUCUAGAAUAAUAAAUUACUGGUGCCCAUUGUAGAUACCAGCAUUUCAAUUUUGGUAUUCAAAACAAGGUCUGAAAUUUAUGUAGAUAGUAAAAUUUAGUUUUGGAUACCAAACUAUGAAUGACUGGUAUCCUGACUGGAUAUUAUAAAACCUCAAACAUUAUCUGAUAUUAGAGACCUUACGAUUUUAGGACGGCAACUAGAGAUGAGCCGAUCACUGAAAUUGCCGAUUAGCCGAUUUAAUUAAUCGGUGGCCGAUAAUACCAAAUAAUCGGCCGAUUAAUCAUCGGCCAAAGCCGAUUAUUUCCAUUUACACAUUUAGCAGUAGGCUUUAGUUGUUCAGGUGAACCUCAGAUGCUUUUGAGCAUUAAAAUAAAACUUGAGAAGCUACUGUAAUGUAGCAAAGACAAAAGUACUCGGCUACAGUAUCUCUGGCAUUCAUUCACGUCUCUUUCUCCCUUCUGAAGCUGGAUACAAAUUGAAAAGUUUUCCACUUCUUUUUCAUGACAUUCUCUUUUGUCUCAUGUAUGAUGUACUGGUCGUCCGUGUGCACACAAUGUUUUCACUAAGAGUUAUGUGCGCACACAAUGUUUCAUUCACACACAAUCCAGCUACAUGGUCAUGGGGGUCACAUGUACUGUAUAAGUGUUAAUUUUGCACUUAAUAAUUGCAUUUCCGAUGAAGAUAAAUGCAAGAUCUGAUUUGUAUACUGUAUGUCUUUGUGUAGCAGCUGCAUGCUGCUCUAUAACAUGAAAAGAUUGUCAAACAUGUGCAAAAAAAACACAAUGAAUACACAGAUUUUCAUUUAUUUCUAACAUAAAAAAGAAACUGGUCAAUAAUCAGCAAAUGGCCGAUUGUUUCUUUACAAUUGGCCGAUUAUCGGCCGAAUCGGCCGGUUAAUCGGCUUGGCCGAUUAAUCGGCUCAUCCCUAACGGCAACGCGACGGCAACUGCAAAAACAAUCUUCAAAUAAAUGGUAGUAAGAUAGUUUGUCGUAUAUUAUCAAUCGUAUGAAUUUACUGUUUUAGAAGUUGAAGACAUCGGUUUUAUAGUUGGGAAGAGUUCUGCUAAACCCAGUUUGAAGUUGCACUUGUUGCGGCUUGGAAUGCAGCCAUUGUAUCAAGACGUGAAAAUCUAUGAUUUAGCGUUGUAAACCGAGUGAGGACAAUGUCUAAAUUAUUCAUAUAUUGUAAUUACUCAAUUCUUUUCAAUGAUCUAUUGCAUUGGUAGCUGUUGCCGUCCUAAAAUCAUAAGGUCUCUAAUGUCUUUGGUGGUCUCCCAAAUAUAGCAUUGAAUACUAUGAUUCUGCCUUCUUGAAAUAACCAGACUUUGAUUUCCAACUUGGCAAUCUAGUUGUUGACUUUUGAGUCCCCUGUUGUUAUAAUUGUAAUGAACUUACUUUGACGGUUCAGGGAUGUCAAAAUUUAUGGUAACCAGAAGUGGAAUAGUAGACUCAGGGAGGUGGGAUACUUUGAAUCUUGGUGUCCCAGUGGGGUACUUAAAAAUAUUUAAAUUUCAGACUCUGCGAGAUAAGGAACUAGUGUCCAGUUUUGAUUCUGAUGAGUAAUGUAUUUCAAGCAUAUCCAAAUAGGAUUAGCAAGAUUUUCGAAUCUGGUCCCCAAAUGAAAACAAGAAUUUCUAGAUUCUAAUGGAUUACUUUGAAUAGCAGCAAGGUUUUGAGAUUUGCACAGUUUUUGCAUAUUAUUGAGCUCCCAAUGAUGAUAAAUUUUCCCUGACUUGAAACAUGGAGGCAAAUAUUAAGUGAUUUAAUCUGAGGGAGCUCCAUGUCAGGCUUGUCUAUUUUUUAGUAUAAAAUUGAAUGCCUUGUUUUUACAGUGGAUCCUUUCUCUUGCCUGAAAAAAAGUGUCAUGAAUGUGUCGUUAUUCUCUUUAUUCUACUAUUCACUGUAUGUUCCUUUCUAUCUCAGACUGUAAAACUACAUGAAAAGCUUGGAAAGCCAAUACCCGAGGUACUUUCAGCAGAGGCCCAGGACAAAGACAAGAAAAAAGAUGGUACUGUAAAGACACAGACACCGAAACCUUCAUUUAGGAACAAUCAACGUAGGAACAGGAAGCCUUCUGCACCCAAGAUUACUUUCAUUGGUGGUACAACAUUGAAUUCAUCAACUGGAGAGACCUCAUCAACUGCUGCUGUUGCAGAUACACCAGAAACACCAGAUGCAGAAACUGCUGCCGCUACACCAGAUGAAGGCGAGAAGAAAACAGUGACCCCAGCAUCUGAAGAAGGAAAGGAGUCUAAAUUUGUUGGUAAGUUGUAGCUGACUUUCUUUUGAGCUGUGUGUGAUUGAUCCUUUAACUCAGAGUGAAAUUAUAUUAUUUUACUCUGUCUAAUGCCCAUGUGUCUUUAGUUAACCCGUCGGACUAUUUGCCCAUGUGUCUAGUUAAUACCCAUUGAGUUGCAUUGUACCCCAAUGAGCACUGACCAGUGCCAAAUUAAUCUGGUUUGCCUUUCAAUUUAUUUUAUCAGGUGAAGACUAUGUUGAAGAAGUGAAGAGUGAUGCUGGCAAAGUAAUUGGGUUUGAGUGUAAGUUAUGUGAAUGCAAGUUCAAUGAUACACUUGCCAGAGAAGCUCAUCUAAAAGGAAGAAGGCAUCAGCUUACAUAUAAGGUAAAAAAUUGCCAAGCCAAUUCUUUUUUCUUAAUAAUUUUGUUUGCAAUUUAGGUUUCCCAUUGAUAUUGAAAUGCAUGCAAGGAAAAUAUCUGCCGAGAAAGUCGAAUUAUGAUGGACAGUGCAAUAAAUUAUUAUAAUCAAAUCUUGUUGACAAAGAUAACUGGUGGACAGUUUUUGUCUGAACUUUAUGUAUGUGCUCCCAGUGAUGAUAACUUUUCCCUGACUUCCACAUGGAGGCAAAUAAAUAACUGAUUUAAUCUGAGGGAGGUUCUUAUACAACAUUCCUAUGGCAUGUUAUAGACUGUUAUACAUGUGUUUGGAAAUUUUAUGGUAUAAAAGGUGGAAUAACAUGCAAUUUGAUUGGCCAAUAUGACUCAUAAAAUUGUCUGGCAAAUAAUAAAAUCAUCGUAAAAUAAUAAAGAUGAGCUUUUGCUAUUGGGCAAAAGCUAAUAAAUAUGUUUAUCCAAAAAAGUUCAGUGUAUUUGAAUCAGCCUAGAAAUGCUAAUGCAUGGGCCAUUUUUAUAUGUAGAAGAAAGUUCAACCAGAUUAUGUUGUGGAUCAAAAGCCUAGUAGUUCAAGGAGCAGACAGCCAUCUCAGCCACGCUCACUCAUGGAUGAUAAAGCAAGACGAAGAUGGGAACAAGAUAUGUACUGGAGACAGCAAGAGGCUGCUUGGAGGAAUGAAGAAGUCAGAAGGUGUGUUUCUACAUUACACAAUAUCCUUGAGCCCAGGGCUCGAAUUUUAUCGCGGCAAUUGCCGUGGAGGGAGAACAAAAAGCCAUGGAUCAUUGCGGCAACGACGGCAAUUUUUUGCUGUAUGGUGCAAUUUUUAUACUAUUCACUGUGCCUUACUACUUUGAUACUUGAAUUCAGAUGUUGAUCAAAUCAUGUGUAAAUCACUAUUUUAGUCUCAGUUUUCUUCGAAAAAAAAACACCAAAGAAAUACGUAGACAUGUUUCUAGCUUGUCAAAAAUCCAAAGUAACAAUAAAAUUAAAGUUUUAUUACAGUAAUUUGAAAAAUGCUGUGGAAACUGCCAAAAUUGCCGUAGGCAACUGUUACGUUCUACAGCAAUUUUUAACGCCAUUGCCGUCGAUUGAUUUCAGAGAAAUUCAAGGCCUGUUUGAGCCUGUUCUAGUAUAUUUUUCUUCUUGGGUGUGGAUGGAUAGUCCAGCUUGAUAGUACAAUUUUUAUAUACUGUAAGGUUCGGGCCUCAAUUAAGUUUAAAAAAUAAUUUAAAAAUCCUUGGGCUGGUGCCUCUUGAUAUGCACAGAUGCCACAGAUAAUAAACAGUUUUGUUUCAUACCUCCUCCUGUUAUUAAUAUGAUUUUAAUAUUUUAACAUUGAUCUGAAAGAAUAUGGAUGUGAUUUCUAGAUGGGGUGAAGAGGAAUAUUGGCGUCGUUUAGAAGAGGAAGAAAGGAUGUGGGAAGAACAAGAAAGUCAUCGGCAUGAGAUGGGGUGGGGACAUAGAUCACGUCCUGAUUUCCUUCCCCCAGACAUGAUGGUAAGACCUCAAUAUAGUUUACACAUAUGUUUAGGGGUGCACCGGAUUUGGAAUUUUCAAAUCCGGCCGGAUUUGGACAAAAAUUCCGGCCGGAUUUGCCAGAUUUGAGAUAAAACCGGUAAUGGGGACAAUUAGGGAUAAAUUGGGAUAAUUCAGUAUUCAAAAUGGCGGUUUAUGUUUUUUACUAUUUUUAGUUAGCGUCAGUUUAGAUUUUUGAUUGUGUUUAAACCUUUUUUAAUUUAAAUAUCUUUUUGUUAAUAACUUAAUAUUUUAUAGUAGUAUAAGUGUUUUUUAAACUUUAAAGCUACCAAAUUGAUGGUUUAUCCCAUUCUUGGUUUGUUGUUGGGGUUGUUGUUGUUGUUGUGGUUGUUGUUGUGGUGAUUUUUUAAAGGUGAAAACAGAAAUUUAAAUCCGGCCGGAUUUUCUCCAAAUCCGGCCGGAUGCCGGAAAAUUUGUUAAAUCCGGCCGGUGCACCCCUAUCUGAAACCAUUAAAAAAUAUUCAUCACUAACUACUGUAACCUGUGAAAAACAUAUACUUUGUCACAGUUGUAAGUAAAACACUCGCUGUUCUUGACAGCACAGAGACAUUUAAGCACUAAUAUUUCUUGUUAACAGUUGCUAGGUUAUUAGUGGGUGUCUGAAUUUAUUCACAUAUUCCCAUGUAGUAUCCACCGCCUAACAUGGCUCGACCAAGACAAGACAGUCAAGAUGAUCGUUUGGUAAUGGCAAAACACAAACAGAUCUAUCCAAAUGAACAGGAACUAAGUGCUGUGCAGAGUAUUGUAUCUGCUGCUGAGAAAGCAUUGAAGCUGGUAUCUGAUAGUAUUGCAGAAGAAGAAGUGCCUGUUAAAGCAGAAGUGAACGAAGAGGAGAUGGAGGUGUCUGAGACACCAGCUAAAGAAGAAAAAACAGAAGAGGGUGAACAAGAAAAGCCAGAUGGUGAGAAGAUGGAAGGUGAAGAGAAGGCAGCCGAAACUGAAGAAGAGAAAAAGCCUGAAGAAACAAAGAAACCAGCAGCUGCUAAGCCAAAAGAGAAGAGUGAACAAACACCGCCAAGUUAGUAUUAAAAUCUUUAGCAUUUAGCAAGAUACUGUAUUGUAGUAUAGAACAUUAGCACAAUGCAUGGGGCGCUUGUAAGGGGUGGUUCUGCAAUCUUGAAUCACAUAGGCAUAUUGUAAAAGUUUAUUGUUGACAUAAUGAUCAAAUAUCCUUCGCUUGUAAUGACAUACACAGCUUAGCAUACAGUUGCUGGUAUUAAAAUCUUUAGCAUUUAGGAAGUGUAUAGUAUUAAAUUAUUUAGCAAGAUGCUCUAUAGAGCAUUAGGUCACUACAUGGGGCAUGCUUAUAGGUGUGGUAGUGCAAUCUUGAAUCCCAUAUAGGCAUAUCGUAAAAGUUAAUUGUUGACAUAAUGAUCAAAUUUCCUUUGCUUGUAGUGACAUACACAGCUUAGCAUACAGUUGCUGGUAUUAAAAUCUUUAGCAUUUAGGAAGUGUAUAGUAUUAAAAUCUUUAGCAUUUAGCAAGAUGCUCUAUAGAGCAUUGGGUCACUGCAUGGGGCAUGCUUCUGUAGGUGUGGUAGUGCAAUCUUGAAUCACAUAGGCAUAUUGUAAAAUUUAAUUGUUGACAUAAUGAUCAAAUAUCCUUUGCUUGUAGUGACAUACACAGUUUAGCAUACAGUUGCUGGUAUUAUAAUGAUGGAGUCUCAUCCUAAAGACUCAUUGAAUUUUUCUUUAUAAUUGUAUUGUUCAGCUUUGAGUGGAAGUAAGAUUUCGUAUAUUAAAUGCCUUACCCUACAGUUCUCUAUCCAGUGUAACUAUGACCAUGAGAUUGAGUGGAAUUUCUGGAUGCAAUUGAAUAAUUGAUUCUAUACUUUCUGUGUGUGUUCACUCAUUUGCAUCCAUAAGGAAGAGACAACAUCGCGAGUGUGUACUACAGUAGGUUUAGCCGCAGCAUAAUGUAUUCGUUGUUCACCUUAUUCUGUUUGGCAGGAACCCUGAAAGGCGUUAUGCGUGUUGGAGUCCUUGCAAAAGGUUUACUUCUCCAUGAAAGACUGGACGUUCAACUUGUUGUUUUAUGCCAAGGUAAUUUCUUCAACUGUCAUUUAAUAAUAAUAUGUUAUUAAAAUACUAGUAUUAUUACAUCGUUAUUUGAAAAUAUCACUAAAGUUUUGACUAUUUAUAUUAAAGACAGUCUUGUAACAUUCAAUCAAUAAGCGAAAUUCUCAUCUACCUUCCAAAGAACUUCGAUUUAAGAUUUUACAUCUUUCAUGUAAAACCUUUGCUCUACAAUCGUAUUGAAAGCAUGUGUAUUUAUCCUUUAUGAAUUUACUUUCUAGACCGACCAACAACACAGCUUCUGGAACGAGUUUCAUCAAAACUGCCUGAACAACUAACUGUAAGUGGCAGUGUAUGCCUUUCUGUUUUUACCAAAACACUGGUAUUUGUUUUUGUAAACUGUGUAAGUAAGUGAGCAAAGGAUGUAAGUUAACUCGACCUCAUCAAGUCUAAUGUUUUCCAAGGGCGCCUCUGUUAGCCACCUUAUGACUUGUGCCUGGUCCUUGAACUCCUUGAAAGGUGCUUGACUACUUGAAUUGAAAAUCAAUUUCAAGAGCUCCUUGAAAAGUCCUUGAAAAUACCAAAUUUGUUAAUUUAAGUUCAGAUAGAUAGAUGUAAGAUGGAUAGAAAUUUUAUUUUUACGUACACACCAACCUGUCAACCGAAGCUGAUUUCCACAAGGGGCGUAUGCCAAAAAAAUAAAAAUUUUACAUGUACCAGAAAAUUUAGAGCUAUUUACCAAAUCUUUUAAAAUAUAUAGAGUAUUAAAAUAGUAAUAUAUAUUAAUGAGUUUUAAAAUAGUAACAUAUUAAUGUCUAAUGAGAAAGUUGGUAGACUAUUUACAAGUACAUUAUUUACAAUACUUAUUACUUGUAAAUGUGAGCAGCGAUUUUAUUUCGAAUAUAAUUGACUUAUAGCUGUCAAUAAUAGUUAGUAACUACAAUUCAUACUCGUUGCUGUAAGGAUUCAUAAUAACUUUCACUCUUUGUUAUAAUUGAUGUUAUAAUUUAAUUUGGCUACUGAAUGUGAUUAAUGAACCACAAUUUUUUUUAUUAUUUCAGAAAGUUAGUGAUGAGAAAUAUGAUGUUGUUGUUGAUGGUUCCCUGAUUAAAGUAACGACCUCUAAAGAACCAUCAAUCACUGUCUUGAUCACGUUGACGUCACCUGUGAUGAGAGACGAAGUCGAGGCUGCACAAGGUAACAAAAUGUCCUGUCAAUCUUUCGUGCUUAUCUACACUGAAAACAAUUCAGUGACAUUUCCAACCAUUGUAAAAAUUAUAAACUGGUUUUUCAGAUAUAUGUUUCUUUUUCUGAAUUUUAUUAUUCUAAAGUAUUUUUUCAGUUCUUUUACAAAAUUUAUAUCUUGUUCCACCCAGAUUCUCGAAACGGUAUAGAUUAGGUUGCGUUUAACAAUUCAUUCAAGUGCAUAUAAUUUAAAUCGACAGUUUAUAAUUUUUGUAUUUUAAAUAUCCUGAUAUGUGGAGCCAUUCUAAGGUAAGUCCAAAAAUUCCUAAAACUUUAAAAAUUACAUGUCUAGAAAAUAGUAAUGAAUUUAUCUCAAUGUUUUCUUUCUGAUUGCUAAUAGUUUGUUUAACCUAAAAAUAUGCCCUUGAGAAAACGUGUUUUCAUAUAAAAAAUAUCCUUGUGAAAAAAUACGGACAUGUUUGAAUAAUGGUACUUUUCUUGUAUCACCAUCACCUUCAUUUUGGUAAGGGGGUGGGUUUGAAAACAACGUUGUGAUUGCUAUCAUAUUAUUGUACACCUAUGCUAAUUUUUUGUUCUUUUGCUGUUGUAAUAUUCUGCAACAGUAUCUUUUGUUAGUGAAUAUGAUAUUGUUCCUCAGAGAUACAGGAGAGGGUAUUGGAAGGAGAUUUGACCCAUAUAUAUUUGAUGCUCCAUUCUCUAAUACAUACUUACAUUGUAUAAGAAAAUUUUGGCAAAUCGUUUUACUUGAGAAAUAGUAUUGGCAACAUCAGGAUGAUCUUUUUUUAAUUGUCACUUGGAACACUUAAUUCUACAUUUGAAUGUUUAUUGAAAAUAUGUUACAUUCGAAAAAAGAAUAUCCUUUUAAAGUUUCCAAAAGAAUGAAAGAUUAAGGUGUUCAUUUUCAAACCAAAGGACAAUUUCAAGAAAGAUUUUUCUGUUGCUAAACAAGGAAUAAAGUACAAACUUGGAAACCCAUAAACUUUUUAGUAAUUAUGUUUUUAGCAUUUUGGUUUAAUAAUUGAUAUUACUAGACGUAUAAGUAUAUAUACUGUGAAGUCAUAUCAAAGUUUUUCAAGAUUUCAUUGAAAAUGGUGAAAAGUUUGCUUAUUUUAUUCUGAGUUGCAUGAUUCUUGUUUGCUACCAAUAACGUUCUGACAUUCGGUUAGCAAUAAAUUUGUUUCAUUUGAUUUCAUUUAAUUUUCUGAACAACUUCUAUCAAUUUUCUUAAGUUCAGUUACCAAUAAAUUUGCUUAAUUUCAUUUACAUUGAUUUAAAAACAAUUUCCUGUAAAUUUGGACUGUUUUUGUGAUUUAAUUUUUUUUUAUCCCUUUCUAUUUUGUGUUAUUGUGAGUCUUUUUCCCGGAGCAUCAAAGACCGUUUCUGUGUUGCACAUCAGUACUUGGUGUUGCACACAUUAAUAUGUCUCGUGCGGUCAAACACAUCCUCGCCAACUCCUGACCCAGUUCACUCUGAUUUAGCGGAAGAACAAAAAGAUGUAUUGGAUCGAGACAAAUGUCUGGAGGCAUUGGCAUCCCUACGUCAUGCUAAAUGGUUCCAGGUUCGACUUCUACUUCAUGUAGUAUUAAGUAAACUGCAUCGUACACAUGAUGUCUUCUCGCUAUGAAUUGGACAUUGGCCUUGUCAGUGAUGCAAGCUGUUUCCAAUGAUGAUCUUAUUUUUCCUGACUUGUCCGUGGAGGAAAAAUAAACUGAUUUAAUGAGUCUGAGGAAAUAGCAUUGAAUUACACAGAGUUGUAUAGAGCAAAGUUUGGUCGUACGCACUGUUUUAUGCUGGGAAAUCGUUCAAAGCAUUUUUUUCUAAUCUAAAGGCAUUGCUAUAAAAUUUGGUGAUUUGGCUAUAUCUAAAAAUUGAAGUGAAUUUGCCAAAAAACUUAUUUUCUCACAAGAACGUUAUGUUAUUACGUUCGGCAAAGGUAUAAACGAUAUUUAAACCAGCUAAAUGCAAACGAGCUGCGUUAUUUCAAAUUGCAAACAUUGCUAUCCUGUAAUGUUAGUCUUUUAAAAUUUCUAAAUAAAAAGUAUUUGUGGUCCAGUUUAACUGAGAGAAGAUGUUAUGUUUACGAUGCAGUUUGCUGUUUAGAGUUCCAUUCUUAAAUAUCCCCUUCGUAUAGUUAAUUUUUGUGUGGAGAUUGCUUGCCAUAGACAAUGUGCAUAAGAUGAAUUCCUUUUUAAUCAAAAACCCUUGUUACUACCAUCAUUUGUUGUGAUAUGUGACAUGUAUUAAUGUAACUCCAUUUGAAGUGAAGGUCUUUUGUCUCGUGAUUAUUAAGGCUAUAGCAUGCAUUGUUGUGCGAAACGUUCAUGUCUAGGAUGGAAUUCGGGCACGUAGUCUGUGUGCAGGCAACUUGACCAAGCCAGUUUCGUUCUAACAAAUGUUCAUGUUUUAGGCUAAAGCUAAUGGUGUCCCAUCAUGCGUUGUGAUCAUUAGGAUAUUGCGUGAUAUGCGCGAUCGACUGCCAGUCUUCACUCCACUAAAUAGCUGGGUAAGUACUCCGAUUCUCUACAGAUUUGUCGUUGUAUGGGACGUUUUCAGAAUUACAUUGAAAUCUGUUGCACAAAGUUUAAAUGAAGUACUGUACUUUUUCUCUAUUCAGUCAUUGGAACUGUUGGUUGAGAAAUGUUUAAGCAGUGCAGAACAACCUCUAGGACCUGGUGAAGCAUUCCGUCGCGUGCUCGAAUGUAUUUCUUCUGGAAUUCUCUUACCCGGUAAGUAGUAUUUAAAGAAAUAUGUUUCUCAGAAUUUGACACAAUAUUCAUGACAGAAACCCAGUCAACGUAAAGUUGACUCAGACUGGAUUCGAACUCGCAUUGCGCUAUCAAGUCAAGCUCAACGAGAGCACAAGUUCAAAUCCAUAUUUAAGUGCACCAGAUAUUCUCGCGACUUAUCAACCGCCUAGUAAAGCCGGACUUAGAAACUAAUCAGCUAAAAAAUAUGUAAUUUCUACAUUAAAUGAUGCAGUGAAUUUUCGCGUUGGGGCCUUAGCAUAUGGCAAGGCGGGCUUCAAUUUCCGCCAUCUUUGGCUUAAAAAAAAAACCCUGAGUUAUCAUUCGACUUUUUAUAGAGUUCACUGACUACACCUAGUUACAAGUCCAUUUACACUGGACGCGACACAUGCAUGUAAAUCAAGAAUAUUAUAAUCCGUUUUCUAGGUGGCCCUGGCUUACACGAUCCAUGUGAGAAAGAAGUCACAGAUGCUUCCAAAGAAAUGACCGCUCAAGAACGGGAAGACCUUACAGCAACUGCACAGGUAUGGAACGUACUAAGUCCACACAACUUGUAAUUGGAGAGUGUACAGUAUAUUUUACAAGUUGCAAGAACUAACUUCUAUUAUAUUUGCAAUAUAAAUAUAUAUGCAAUAUAAAUAUAUAGAAUGUUUUGCAAGAACUAACUUCAAAGAGAAAUUUUAGUUAUAUGGGGCUAAGACCUGGAAUCAGCAUCUAAAUGAUAAAUUGUAAAUAUUAUAAUUCCAUUUCAAACUUUUUCACUUGCAAAUAUUACACGGCCCUAUGAAAAUCAAUGUCAAUUGAUAGGUUACCGUAUAUAAAGAUAAUUAAAUACAAUGAAAUGUGUUCGCUCGAGGUAGUUGCAUCGCAUAUUUUCCAGACUUGUUAACAAUAUUUUGCAAGUCGUAGUCAAGUCAUUUCGAUAUUGAUCAAGUCAAAUGCAUUAGGACAACCGAAUUGAUUUAUUUCUGUUUUGUAGAAUUAUCUUCGUUUGCAAGCGUUCCGUCAACUUCACAAGGUGCUUGGCAUUGAACGGCUCCCCCCAUCCUCUAAAUUCCGUGGCGGACGAUACGGUCGUGGUGGAAGAUUCAAGAGAAGAAGAGAGGACAGCGGUCAAGGAGAUGGCAGUGCAAAGAAGGAGAAGAAAGAUGGCGAAGAGGAAGGGGAAGAAGAAGGCAAGAACGGUGACGCCACAGCUGAGACAACCAGUGAAGUUGCAGCCACAACAACUGAAGAACCUGUCGAAAAUAAAUCCGCAGAACCAGCUGUUGCUGAAGCGACCUCUUAGAUUUUAACGAGCAUGUAAUGUUUCCCUUCUUACCCUCGUUACAUUUUAUUCUAAACUUUAUCUAUCGUGGGUAUUAUUAAAAAUAAUUUAAUGUUUAUAUUUCUAUAUGCAGAGCUGUAGUUGACAAUUGUCCAUUACUGGACCAUUACUGUUUAAUCUAAUCUUUUACAUAUUUCGUAGAAUUUGCUACGAACUUUUACUUAAUGGAACAGUUUACAGAAACCUACACCCGUUUGGUAGGAAAAGAAUAUUGGCCCCGUGGCGUAAAGCAAAAACUUCUGAUUUUAAUAUUUAAUGUUAAGAGAGUUUCUUUUAUUGAAUCUUGCUUUAAAUAGUAUUAAACAUGUCGAAUAUAUGAGUUGUAUGAAACAAUAGUAUAACAAUGAUAAAUUUGCAUAACGAUUCACUUUAACGAUUAUACAACACGGAUUGUUGGAUGUAACUGGUGAAAUUCUUGCCCAUAUCUGAGUUUCAUAUUACAUCCAGCAAGUAUAAGGAAUUUCAAUAUCAGGAUACCCCGACUCAUUUUUAAUCGUUUUACUUGAUGACAGAUCUAUUUGUAAGCUACAAGAAUAUGUAAAAAAUGUUUGAACUUGUUAAAGUUGUAGGGUAUCCUGCAACCUAUUAACAACACCCACAAACAGUAAUGGGUUUAUCUUCCCUGUCUUAUUUCAGUGACAUGAUUACGAGUCUUGAGCUUGGUAAAAGCAAGUGCAAUAAACUUCAGAAUCAAUUCCAACAGUUCGCAUACGGUCAGAGCAGAAAUGCCAAUCCAUAACCCCAACUGUCCACCAAUGUCUGCCAGAAGAUUGGUGGUCUGAAAAACCAAAAAGAUGAUUUUUGGGAUCGGCAAAAAAAAAGUUUAGCGUUUUUAUGGGUGGAAUAUUCGAGCGCUUUGUUGGCCCAUCUACGCGACACGACUAAAGCCAAUUUUCCACUUCAGUCGUAACAAGUUGUUACCAAUUUGGAUAACAAGUUGUUACGAACAGCCGUAUUAAUCUUGUUGUAACAACUCUGUUACCGUAGGACUUGCCCCUGAUGUCAGCUUGACAACAACCUUGUCACAACUUGGGCGUUUUUACGUGUAUAGUCAACAGCUCCAUAUAUACCUCGUAAGAACGUUUUUCCUCCACAAUUUCAUAAUUCAGUUCACUGUAAAAUAUGUUUAACUGUAAGGUACUUUGGCUAGACUGGCUGCUAAAAGAAAGAUAAGAAAUCCAUCAAUUACAAGCAUAUAUUGUUAAAUCUAUUGUACAGGGAUUAUUCUACGGAAACCAACUAAGCUACAGAGUCCAGUUGUGUAGCUCUCAGCUCGGUUAGAUCGCUGCACCAGAAUCGUAGGUUCGAUUCCCGAUAGAGGGCCGUGGUAAAGUGCUGCUGCGGGGGCAACUGCCCCCAUUGCCCAAACAUUGCGGGGGCAACAGGUUGUCCUUU